UUUAAAAUCAGACUCUUUUUGUCUUUUGAUUGCUGUCUCCAGCCCCAACUCCGAUGUGUUCCGUUAUCGGCGACCAGCAGCCUGCCGUUCCAGCCCCCGUCUGGGUGGGGACCGGCGGCCAGUCUCCCGCAGCACCGGCCGGCGAGGUAAUAUAGAAAGAGAAAGAGCCAGGCAGAGAGCGAGGGAGCCAGCAGCAAGCCGAGCGAGGAAGGGAGAGCGCAAGCCCGAGCGCACAGGCACACACACUCGCACUCGCGCGCACGGACCCGCACGGGGACAGCGUGGAAGGCACUGGGCUCCACGGCCGAGAUGCUGCAGCUGGCGAGAUGUCUGGUGCUGCUUCUCGUCUCCGCACUGCUGAUGUGCCCGGGGCUGGCGUGCGGACCCGGCAGGGGAUUUGGGAAGAGGCGGCACCCCAAAAAGCUGACCCCUUUAGCCUACAAGCAGUUUAUCCCCAACGUGGCUGAGAAGACCCUAGGGGCCAGUGGAAGAUAUGAAGGGAAGAUCUCGAGAAACUCCGAGCGAUUUAAGGAACUCACCCCCAAUUACAACCCCGACAUCAUAUUUAAGGAUGAAGAAAACACGGGAGCAGACCGGCUGAUGACUCAGAGGUGUAAGGACAAGCUGAACGCCUUGGCCAUCUCGGUGAUGAACCAGUGGCCCGGCGUGAAGCUGCGGGUGACCGAGGGCUGGGACGAAGACGGCCACCACUCAGAGGAGUCGCUGCACUACGAGGGCCGUGCAGUGGACAUCACCACGUCAGACCGCGACCGAAGCAAGUACGGCAUGCUGGCGCGCCUGGCCGUGGAGGCUGGCUUCGACUGGGUGUACUACGAGUCCAAAGCGCACAUCCACUGCUCCGUGAAAGCAGAGAAUUCGGUGGCGGCCAAAUCCGGCGGCUGCUUCCCGGGCUCGGCCACGGUGCACCUGGAGCAGGGCGGCACCAAGCUGGUGAAAGACCUGCGCCCCGGGGACCGCGUGCUGGCGGCCGAUGACCAGGGCCGACUGCUCUACAGCGACUUCCUCGCCUUCCUGGACCGCGACGAUGGUGCCAAGAAGGUCUUCUACGUGAUCGAGACGCGGGAGCCGCGCGAACGCUUGCUGCUCACCGCCGCGCACCUGCUCUUCGUCGCGCCGCACAACGACUCGGCGGCCGCGGAGCGGGAGGCGCCGUCGGGCGCGGGGCCGCCGCCGGGGGGCGCGCCGGGGCGCCGCGUGGUGGCAGCACCCUCCCACUUCUCCCCGCCUGCCCGGUUCCACGGCUGCAGCCCCUUUCCCACCUUUACGGUGGACGGUGUGAAGAGCUUGUGCAAAGUGUCCGUGCUGUUGCUGCCAGCCUCCCUCGUGACUAAAUGCGUAUCUACUCCUGUCAAAAGCUGUAUCACAAUGUACUUGAAACUGUUCUCUUUGUGCUCUAUUGUUUGA